UGAUAUGGCAGAAACUAGAGAGGACUGGAGAGCAGGGGCAGAAUAUGAAGACAGCCAGCCUCAUGGACGCGCGCUGGGAGUUGGUCCGGGCCUCUGUGGCCCCGCUGCUGCUAAGCUCGACGCUACUGGCCGCGGGAUGCAUGCUGGGCCUACGUCUGGGCCGCGGGAGGGGACCGGUGGACCGUGCGGUGCUCGCCUGGCUCUGCUCUGACGCCCUGGUGCACUUUGUGCUGGAAGGCGUUUUUGUCUGCUUGUCUCUAAUGGGUACUGUUGCAGAUUCUGAAGGCUUGAUUGCAUCUUUAUGGAAAGAAUACAGCAAAGCUGAUGUGAGAUGGCUUUAUUUUGAUCCGACCAUUGUGUCUGUGGAAAUUCUGACUGUUGUCCUGGAUGGGUUUCUAGCACUGAUCCUCACUUAUGCCAUAGUCAAGGAGAAACAUUUUAGGGCCUUCAGAAGAGGAGGAGGAGCAUUUGCAGUGCCCAAAGGUUCCUACUCUGAGUUCCUGCCUUGGCUUUCCUUGAUGAUGAACAGAACCCUCCUAGAGUCAAGAGAUCGGCUGCAAAGUCAGGAACAAGGAGCAGCUGUUCUGCCUGCCCAGGAGCUCUGGCUUUCUCUGCCCCACUGGCUGUCACCUGGAGUCACAGGAAACCUAAACCCAGAAGUGGUGACUACACCAUGUUCCAGGACGAGUGAAGCAGCCAGGUCAGCUUGUGCUAACUCUGCUCCUUGGAACUCCUCCAGGACAGGGCACUGGCCUGCGUCUAAUAGCUAUUGACAACCACUGUUGACUGGGCGCAGAUUUGAGUCAGGGCCAAGUAAUUUCUUCCUCUGUCUAAAGGUCCUCUAGAUCACUCUAUGUGUGUUAAAAGAACCCCAACCUUUAAGGCACAGAACUGUCUAGACUUAGGAGAAACCAACCUGGGUGGCCCAGAACCUUUGGAAGUGCUGCAUCAGCACCUCGGAACUGUUGUAUCAGCUGCCUUUGUUCAUUCCUCCUGCCAAGGGUAGAAGACCAAAACUUAGUUACCUCUGUGAUGUGGCUGGACGGUGGCUGGCGAACUCCUUGAGGCACUCCCCCACCAUCAGACUGCUUUCUGCUUGUUGUAAUGUCCCAAGAGUGAGGCAUGAAGGAAGUGCGGUGGCUGUUGCAAGUUCUCCUUUUUCUGCUUCCUUCUCAAGUGUUUGGGGCAGGACAGCCUCCUGCAGGAGAUCUGCCUCAGAGAUGCCCCCAGCUGUCCAGCUGUAGUGGAGCAGGGCUGCACCAGCUCUCAUUUGCUAACAACUGAGCCCCGAGGUCUAAAGGGGCAUGCAGAAGCUCAGAGGCCUGUUCUGCUGCCUCUGUUGCUUGUCCCUGGUACUCCUGUCUCUCCUCCUGAGGUUCUGAAAUGCAGACCUUCUUCCAGAACAUGUGUCAAUGUUUUUCUGGUGCCUGGAGGUUCUUUGAUCUGUGAAACUUGUCAGAAUUAAAAUGGAAUCACUUCUGUCAAACUCUAACCAAAAGGGAGAAGAAAAAAAUAUCUCAAUAAUUAAUAAAUAAAUGAAGGAGGGACUCUCAUG